AUGCUCUGUGCAAUCUCUGGAGAGGCUCCGCAAGUGCCUGUCGUCUCUCCCAAGAGCGGCAGUGUAUUCGAAAAGCGCUUGAUUGAAGCAUACGUCGCUGAACACGGAAAAGAUCCUGUGAAUGGCGAAGAGCUUGCAGCGGACGAGCUGAUUGAUGUCAAGUCGCAGCGCGUUGUUCGCCCUCGUCCUCCCACCCUGACCUCCAUCCCUUCCCUCCUUAGCGUGUUCCAAGAAGAAUGGGAUGCGCUCGCUCUCGAGACAUACACUCUUCAACAGAACCUUGCACAGACUCGCCGCGAGCUCAGUACCGCCCUCUACCAGCACGAUGCUGCCGUCCGGGUGAUCGCACGGUUGACAAAGGAACGCGACGAAGCCCGUGACGCUCUUUCAAAGGUUAGCGUUGGAGCCAGUCGUGCUGUGGAUGGCGAGGCUAUGCAGGUGGACUCCGAGGGCCUACCCCAAGCGGUGUUGGAGCGGAUUGAGAACACACAAGCUAGUCUCUCGAAGACACGACGCAAGCGCCCCAUUCCCGAAGGUUGGGCUACUAGUGAUGCCAUCUCGGCAUUCAAGCCUGUUGAGGCCUCUGAAUCUCUGUACCCAGGCAGCCGAGCCUUGUCGAUCGAUUCUACAGGAGAUCUAGCUCUAUUUGGUGGUGCUGAUGGUGUUGUCGGUGUCUAUUCUCUUUCCCAGAAGAGUGUGGUUCAAACUCUCAAGACGGACGGCCCAGUGACCGAUGCAACAUGGGCUGGUAACAAGGCUGUUGUUGGUUCAGCCACGGGUACUGUCAAGAUUUUUGAGAAUGGCAGCGAGGUCGCAAGCUUUGCUUCCCACGCUGGAGAGGUGACUGCUGUUGCUGUUCACGCAACUGGUGAUAUUAUUGCCUCAGUGGGUGUGGACAAGAGCUAUGUGCUUUAUGAUCUAUCCACAAACAAUGUGAUCACCCAAAUCUUCACUGACUCUGCUUUGUUGUCUGCGCAUUUCCACCCAGAUGGUCACCUUUUCGCCGCCGGUGGUGCUGAUGCCCAAAUUAAGGUGUUCGACAUCAAGACCGGUACCGUCGCCGCAGAUUUCCCUAUGUCCGGCCCCGUCAAGUCUCUUUUCUUCUCUGAAAAUGGUAUCUUCCUGGCUGCAGUGGCUGCCCAGUCUACCACUGUCUCGAUCUGGGACUUGCGUAGCUCUAAGGAGACCAAGGUGCUGGACACCGGCAGCGAAGUCCAGUCAAUUUUCUGGGACUACACUGGUCAAUUCCUCCUGACUGGUGGCCCAAGUGGCUUGACCGUUCAACAAUUCACCAAAUCAUCGAAGGAGUGGUCAGAGCCGUUCCGAAGUGCUGUACCAGCCGUCGCUGCUGCAUGGGGAUCUUCCGCUCACAGUAUUGUCGCCUUGAAUGACGCAUGUGCAGUAACAGUGCUGCGGUCAUAA